CCUAUCCACUUGCUAAUGCUUCCCAAAUUAUUUUAUCACCAAGCUUUUGAGACUUGUUCUUGCCCAGGAACAUGUUUCCUGGCAUCUAGUCCGUUGCAAGUGAAGUAUGCAGAUGGCGAGUUGGAAAGGCUAGAACACAAACUUUUUGUUGGUAUGCUUCCAAAGAAUGUUUCUGAUGCUGAGCUUUAUGCAUUGUUUUCUGAAUAUGGAACUGUUAAAGACUUGCAAAUACUGAGAGGUUCUCAGCAAACAAGCAAAGGCUGUUCUUUUCUUAAGUAUGAGACAAAGGAACAAGCUCUUGCAGCCAUAGAGGCCCUCAACGGGAAGCAUAAAAUGGAGGGUUCUAGUGUUCCUUUAGUUGUCAAAUGGGCAGACACGGAGAAAGAAAGGCAAGCUCGGAGGGCUCAGAAAGCUCAACCUCAGGCUUCUAAUGUGCCAAAUACUAACUCUGCGCAGCAUCCAUCUUUAUUUGGAUCCUUAACAAUGGGUUACAUUCCCUCCUAUAGUGGAUAUGGUUAUCAGACUCCUGGAACUUAUGGACUUAUGCAGUAUCGGCUUCCAUCAGUGCAGAAUCAACCUGCUUUCCAUAAUGUAGUUCCGCCAGUAAACCAAGGAAAUGCAUUGCGUGGAGUCAUACCUGAUCUUGUCCCUGGUAUGGCCACAAGAAAUUAUGCUAUACCACCAGCGAGUUAUGUGGGCUCUGCGUAUCUGGGAGUACCAGGGCUUCAGUAUCCUAUGGCAUAUCCUGGGGGAAUGAUGAGUAACAGGCCUUUGAGUGGUUCUGCUUCUGUAUCACCUGCCACAGUAAACAGUCAGUCUGCAGCAUCUUCAAGUGUCAGUGGAAGUUUUGGGGGUCAAGUUGAAGGUCCACCUGGAGCUAAUUUAUUCAUAUACCACAUCCCUCAAGAAUUUGGCGAUCAAGAACUCGCAAAUGCUUUUCAACCAUUUGGUAGGGUCUUGAGUGCUAAGGUAUUUGUUGACAAAGCAACUGGUGUUAGCAAAUGUUUUGGAUUUGUGAGUUAUGACUCAGUGGCAGCUGCUCAAUCUGCAAUUGAUAUGAUGAAUGGCUGCCAGUUAGGUGGUAAAAAGUUGAAGGUACAACUUAAAAGAGACAACAAACAGAUUAAUCCUUAUUGAUUCAAAGGUAAGCAAUGGAAGAAAGCAAGAACCCUAACACGAUGGUCACAUGCAACUUGAUGUGGGAAUUACUGCAGUAUCUGCUAUUACGGGGUGGGUUUAAGGCAGUUGAUGGUUCAAUGCAUUACUCCAUCCUACUUGUAGUUGACUCAUGGGAUUGAUGUCCCUGAAAAUUGUAGUUAUUGGUUAAUUCUGUGCCAAUGUAUUGUGUAAUUUUGUAUAACAUUAAUUUCAUUAGACAUUGAUUAUUAUUUUAUUGAUUUUUCCCUCAAGAACAUUUGUUAGUGGUAUAAUUCUUUAAAAACAUCCAUGACAAACCAUUGUUUGUCUUGUCUAAA